AUGGGGCAAGAAGCUGGCAAACCUGCCUGGCCCAAACCAGCAGGAGGAUAUCAAACUAUUACAGGUAGAAGAUAUGGAAGAAGACAUGCCUAUGUUGGUUUUAGACCAUCUUUGAAUAGCCAAGGCAGAGAUGAACAUCAACACAAUGAAGACUGUGAACGAAUGGAAUUGGAGGAUGCUGAGAAAGAUAAUUCUUUAUGUUCCAGUCCAUUGGUUCAAGUUUCUUCUGGUUUAUUGGAUGAGCCUUCGUUAGAAAAUAUUGCAACUGGAGAACCUGUUUACCAAAGUGUAUUGAGCCAAACUUUUGAAGCGAAUACGUCACCAUUUUCUCUAUUCUCUUACGGUCUGGAAGGCAACAAAAUCUCAGGGAACUUUAUGAAUCCUUAUGAAAAUUCUGAGGACCUUGCAGAGGAUGCGUCUGGAGGGCGUAAUGAUUUGAGUGGUCAGAAUGGAAUUGCUUUUGUAAACAUUGACUCUUAUGAGCCAGAUAGCAGUGAUGGAGAGGAAGGUGAUGCUCAAGACAAAUUUUCUUUGGCAAGAGAAGAAGCAGGUGUAUUUCAGGAAACACUAGAUAACAUGCUUUCUGAGUUAGAAAAAGGCGUAGAGUCUUUUACUGACUUACAGUCCCGAUUGUCCGCUCUCAACCACAGUGUUUCUAGAGAAUGUUGUGAAGAAGCAGGACGAAUGCCUUUAAUGAGAUGUUUUAGCACAGAUUCAGACUUGGCAUGUCCAAACAGGACAUUUAAAUCUGCUGAAGAUCAAGCUAUACUGAAAAGUAACCCAAGUGGUGCCAAUUGUGAAGCACAGCAGAUAAAAAAUAUAGUGGAUAUUGGAAUCAGAACCCCUAUAGCAAUUGCUAAUGAAUUGAAUGUCAGUGAUGGAAAGACUGACCAAGGAAAUUCACCUGAGCUAGUAGUGAGACCUAAAAUAAGAAAACAAAAUACUGCAAACCAGUUGGAGAGAGAAAAGCUUCUCUCUAAUCAUGAUGAAAAGGAAGGUGGUUCCUGGAGGAAAACUGAAAUUGCUGAAGUCCAGCAAGGCCAUGCUGAGUGUGCCUUGAGAAAUAGCAAAGAAGAGAUGAGUUCUAGUGUGUUCUUUGACUCAAGAGAGUACGAAGGUCAUCGAAAGAACACAGAAAUAGACCUAAGGAGAAAUGCAGCAGCUCAAGAACAAAAAAGUGUGCUAGAUAAUAGCACUUUUUGGGAUGAGUUUGAAGAUUGCAGCAGACACUUCUCAAUGUCCCACGAAGAUGAAGACAGCUCAGAAUGCAGUGAUGGAGAAUGGUCUACAGCUGUGCCUACUUAUUUUACUGCUACAGAAAAAGACCAGUCCUCAAGUGAUGAGAGCUGGGAGACUGUCCCGGGCAGGGAUGGACGUGAGCCUGAAGUGCAGAGCAGCAGCAGUGAUUUAGAAGAGGAGAACGCAGAGUUCUGUUUCCAAGGAGGGGAACAGACAUUAUUGGAGGAAGGCGAGAUUCCUUGGUUACAGUACCGGGAAGUAGUAGAAAGUAGCAGUGAUGAGGAAAAUGAUCCAGUUAGUGAUUUUGUGCAUCCUGGAUUCUUCCUGUUGGAUGGAAAUAACAACCUUGAGGAUGACUCCAGUGUGAGUGAAGACCUGGAUGUGGAGUGGAGACUACUUGAUGAGUUUGGUGAUGGCCUAGGACUUGCUCAAGCCAUUCCUUAUGUGGAUCCUCAGCUUCUCACAUUUAUGGCACUAGAGGGACGCUUACUGCAAGCUAUGGAGACUGUUCUGGUACAUUUGGAGUCUCUUGGAUUUGAUGUUGAACAGGCUCAUCCACCAGCUACUAAAGAAACCAUAGAUUGUCUGCCACAGAUUAUCAUCACAGAUGACCAUGAUGGUAUGGAUCAAGAGCAGUGUUGUACUAUCUGUUGCAGUGAAUAUGUGAAAGAUGAAAUCAUAACAGAGCUACCCUGUCAUCAUUUGUUUCACAAACCUUGUGUAACUCUUUGGUUGGAGAAAUCGGGAACAUGCCCAGUUUGUCGUCAUGUGCUUGCACCCGUGCUUCCUGAAGCAGCUGCUGCCAUGGUUUCCUUUCUAUCUGAUCAUGAUUCCCCAUCUUCUGUUCACAGUGCUACAGGAGCUUCAAACUAG